UUAAAAACGGUCCAGUACUUUCGAACAAAGAAGUCCGUCCAAUUCAGUCUUUAAAAAAAAAUUUAUUGCUUUAAAUUGAGUUGAUUAAUAAAAUUUUAUAAGCCUGAAAUAAAAUUAUACAAUAGUGAUAUGAUAACAUAACAGAGAUGAUAAAAACUAAUGCUAGAAUGAAGAUUUUAAUCAAAAUUCGAGAUGAUGAACUUAAUGAAGAGUUGUAAAAAGUUAUCUUAUAAGAAUAAUCAUCGAGCAUUUAUUUGUUGAGAAAUAAUCAACUAGAACAUUGAAAAAAAUAAAUAAAAAUAGAAAUUUCCCGGACGAGAGUGAGAACUGAUCAGUAGCUUUUUUCUGAAAUAAAUAUAAAAUAGUUUUUAUCUAGUGACGUAGUUUAUAGCGGGGAUUUCAACGAUUUACUUAACUAAAUUUCCUAAUUUUGCAGCUUGAGUAAUUUAAGCUAAUCUAAGGAAAGUGUUUCUUAUCUUAAUAAAGUGAAACGGAUGUAAAAGUUUGUGCUGUAUUGUAAGCAAUAGUGAUUGAAUUUUAUACACUUGAUUUAUCAUCAAUAUGAGUGUUUGGAAUCAAUUGAAUGUUGAACAUGCCACUACUGCCAUAUCCAGAGAUGACAUUAGGAUUAGCACUCGUUCAAGACAUUUUGCGACAAUUGAAAAACUACCAGAUAAAGUGAUCCUUAAUAUCUUCAGUUAUUUAUCACACCGUGAAAUCUGUUGUCUUGCUCGUGUCUGCAAGCGCUGGCGCCAAAUAGCUUAUGACACAAAGUUGUGGAAACAUGUAUCACUGCGGCCAGAGAUCAGUGGACUUCAUGUCAAUUCUCUGGAAAUGCUUCUACAGUUGAUAAGUGUACGAUUUGGACCAUCAUUGAGAUACAUUGAACUGCCAAUUGAACUCAUUACUCACACAGUACUUCAUGAAUUAGCAAACAAAUGCCCUAAUUUAACUCACAUGUUGCUGGAUUUCUCCACUGCCAUGCAGCUUCACGAUUUUUCAGAAAUGCAGGCAUUUCCUACGAAGCUUAAAUACAUGUGCAUUUGUUUGUCAGAAGUCAUAUUCAUGGAAGGCUUCAUGAGGAAAAUCUACAACUUCAUUAAUGGAUUGGAAAUUCUUCAUUUAAUAGGAACAUAUGAAAAAGUGGAAGAAGAAGAGGAAGAAAUUUAUGAAGUAAUAAAUGUCCAUAAAUUAAAAUCAGCAACACCUAAUCUUCGUGUAAUUAAUUUAUACGGAAUAAACUUUGUUGAUGAUUCCCACAUCGAUGCAUUCUCAUCAAAUUGUAUACAACUUGAGUGUUUGGCAGUGAAUUUUUGUUCCAAAGUAACUGGAUCAACCAUGAAGACACUCUUCCAAAGAAGUAGACGGCUCAAGUGUCUCUUGAUGCAAGGAACCAACCUUCAAAGCGAGUACGUGAUGCAGGUUGAGUGGGAAAAAUCAAGCAUCCAGGAAAUAGACAUCACAGCUACGGACUUAUCAACGGAAUGUUUGAUUGACAUGUUGACAAGAAUUCCAAGCCUGAGGUUUUUAAGUGCUGGUCAAUUAAACGGAUUCAAUGAUAGCGUUCUUAAGGCAUGGGCUGAUGCAGGGAAUCCAAGGAAUUUAAUUGCGUUGGAUAUUGAUAGAUCGGACAACAUCACGGAUGAUGGACUUCACAAGUUUCUUUCACGUUAUGGACAUCAACUAUGGGGGAUCGUUUUAUCAGGAAUGCCACAUAUUACUGAUCAACUCUGGCAGAGUGUUUUGCCCAUUAUGACCAAUGCGAAGAUUCUAGUCAUGGGAACACAAGAAAGACUUGGAGUAAAUAUUCAUGUCGAUCAACUGAUGGAUGGCAUAGGUAAUAAUUGUCCAAACUUAGAACGUCUAGAAUUACGAUGGGACCCUGAAAAUUUGCGAUUUUCUGAUAAGAGUCAGAAAGCUAUCGAUGUUCUUCGAGUUAAAUGUGUGAAACUUAGGUGCCUUGUUCUAAGCGAUGGCAGAUAUUAUGAAGUUGUAAAGGCAAACUUUGAACGUGCCGACAGAACGACUGUGGUACGUACAACGACAUGUUGCAGAGUCAGUAACUACUACCUGUUGCAGAACUACAAAGACUUAAUCUUUAAUUAAAUUAAAUGUUCUCUCUCAAAUCUUACCCAAUCGAGUGCCAAUCAAUGAUAAUCAAUGUAUUAAUAAUUAUUAAUUAAAAAAAAACAUUUAAAAAAA